AUGUCCAGCAAUAAUGACCAGGUGAAACAGUUCGCACAGAUUACCGGUGCAUCGGAGGAAAGAGCAAAAUUUUUCGUUGAUGCAGCCAACGGCGAACUACAGGUUGCACUGAGCAACUUUUACGAGGGUGAAAACGAUGACGCUGAUAUUUCGGAUGAAGAGAAUCCUCCCGCAGAGCCGUCGAUUCAAUUUGCUCGUGCAGAAAAAACAAAGGGAAAGAAAGCGCCUAAACCACAGUCUAACAUUGCAACCCUGCAUACACUUCAUUCGUCCUCGUCGGAAGAUGAAGAAGAGCAGGGCCAAGCAUUCUAUGCAGGCGGUUCGGAACGUUCCGGGCAGCAGGUGCUAGGUCCACCGAGAAAGAAUCCGAUCAAAGAUUACGUGUCGGAGAUUUUCCGUUCCGCUCAGCAGGGAAAUCUGGAAACGUUUGAUCCGUCGGACGAAAGCGGUGGUUCCAGCUGGUCGCUAUAUGCCGGUACCGGAUACCGUCUAGGGCAGACGGAAGACGAUCACCAGGAAGUUGCCCCUCGUGGAGCACGGACAGCAACCAGUGCGCAAAAUUUGGAAAUCGUAACACUUACUCUGUGGCGUCAAGGAUUUGUAAUCAACGAUGGCGAGCUUCGUUUGUACGAAGAUCCAGCCAACCGGGAAUUUUUUGAAUCCAUCACCAGGGGAGAAAUUCCGGAGGAACUCCGUUCGAAGGGACAAACGAUGUUCCGCGUUGAUUUGAAAGACAACCGUCACGAGGAGUAUGUGAAGCGCAGCAAGCCAUUCAAAGCGUUUGGUGGUUCCGGUCAAACACUUGGCAGUCCCGUACCGCCUAUGGCAACGGCCAGUAGUAGCAGCAGUGGCAGCAGCAAUACCACCAAUUCCAGCAGUGCGGCCGGCAACAACGAAGAAAAUGAAAAGCGCGCAUCAGAAGAACUUGCCCUGGACAGUAACCAACCUACGACGAUGCUUCAGAUUCGAUUGGCCGACGGUAGCCGGCUGUCGGCACGUUUCAACCAAACGCACACAGUCGAACAUGUGCGUCGUUACAUUGUAAACGCCCGGCCACAAUAUGGGGCUCAGAAUUUCGCCCUCAUGACAACGUUUCCCAGCAAGGAGCUAAGCGAUGGUGCGCAAUCGCUGAAGGAAGCUGGAUUGCUGAAUGCGGCAAUAAUGCAGCGAUUGAACUAG